AAAAAUUCAACUCGCUGCGUCACAUUUUUUCAUUUGCGUGAAAUCACAAGCGAAAGAAAUAGGAGAAAAGAAGUGAAAUAUUAAAAAUACCAAAUUUGUUAAUGAAUGCCUGUAGACGACAAGGCAUUAAAUUCAGUCCAACCCGCGGGAGGUUUAUUUGGUUUUGUGAUGAAUGUGAGCACGAGAAGAAUGAUGGCGCGUAAGGAGACUGUGCGAGAUCUCGUGGAGGAAGCCAAGAAGCGCAUUGUUUUGAUCUUCAUUUGCGUCAUCGGCCUUGCAUACCUCAUGUCCCUGACAAGCUCUUCAGUAUGGAUUAACAUGCCUGCUGCAGUUCUUGUAAUAAUUCUUGUUCGCUACAUUUCAUACGAUCUUGAUGCCCGAAGAAGGAAAGGAGGACAAGGUACAGCGGCUUCAUUGAAUCAUUCAUCACAAAAUCAAGUACCUCUCGGUAAUACUCCAUCUCCAUCUCAUCAAAAACACAUUGAUUGGAGACAGAAAGUUGACUCUCCAUUUGUUGAGGCAGCCAUUGAUCAAUUCACAAAGCAUCUUGUGUCUGAGUGGUUAACUAAUAUGUGGUAUAAGAAAGUAACACCUGAUCAAGAUGCUCCAGAGGAGCUUAUGAACAUCAUUAAUGGGGUUCUUGGAGAGAUAUGCAUGCGUGCCAAGGAUGUGAAUCUUAUUGAUCUUUUAACAAGGGAUAUUGUGAAUUUGCUAUGCGAGAAUCUAGAGCUUUAUCGAGUGAUACAGACCCAUAUUGGUGAAGGGGUGUUGAGCAGCUUGUCAAAGGAUGAAAGAGAUGCAAGAUUGAAGUUAACUCUAGCAACUGAUGACAAACUUCACCCAGCACUCUAUUCGGCUGAGGCAGAGCACAAGGUUCUACAAAGGUUCAUGGAUGGUGUUAUGAGUUUCACAUGUAGGGCUGAAGAUUUGCAAUGCAAAUUGUUUCGAUAUGUUGCUAGAGAGCUACUUGCCUGUGCUAUGAUCCGUCCACUCAUGAACUUAGCUAGUCCCAAGUUCAUAAAUGAGCGAAUAGAAUCUGUUGCUCUAGCCCGCAGUAAUAAAGAUGAAAAACAAAACAAAACUUCUGAUUCUGAGACAAAACAGAGCAAGUCUGCAAGAUCGAGGUCUUCAACUGAUCAUUUUUCUGGUUUUUUGGAUCGCUCUGCCGCAGGGGUUGAACUUGUUCAGUUUGGACCUAGUCCUAAACAAACUUCCUCAGCUGAAAUUGAUGGGAAGGAAAUGGGAUCUAUCUCUAGUCCUCAUCAGGAAUCAACACAUACUUAUCUUGGAUUAUCUGCAGGAGUCCAAUCAAAAAAUUCUAUAGCUCACCCUUUCCAACAAGAGGGUAAUAAAACCACUGAUUUUUCUGGAGAGAGGUUUAAGAUUCCUAUUAAAAGUGCUGAGGGGAUAGGAACUCACGGUGUUAAUGAUAGAACCAUUCCGGCACGUCAUUCCUUGGGUGGGGAAUGGGCUCAGAUGCUUGAUACUAUCUCAAGGAGAAAAACUCAGGCCCUUGCUCCUGAGCAUUUAGAGAAUUUGUGGACAAAAGGGCGUAAUUAUGUAAGGAAGGAUAUUGCAACAAAUUUGUCACAUACAGUCAAUCCUAGGGUCAUUGAUAAGACAGACCUUGGCAGGAAGCCAUUACAUGAACAGCCAGAUAAUUCAGGUAUAACUAACACCUCUCUGUCAGAAAGGAGUACAACUUUUUCUCCUCUGACAAAACAAUCUACUGAUAAUUUGGACAGAGCAAUGAAAAAUGCCAACAAAUUGAAUCAACCUCCCCAGAUUUUACACAAGCACAUAAAAUUUGAAGAACCCUUUCUUCAGCAUAUGGAGAUUGUAGAAGAUAGUGGCAGUUCUUAUGCAAGCGAGGAGGAUGAAAAUAACACUGUGACAGGACUUGGUACACCUGGUGUUAAGGUAUGGGAUAGCAAAAGUAAUAGAAGUGGAUCCACGUCACAUGUAAGGCAUCCUUUAGAAAAUGCUGAGGGUGACCAGGAAAAUCAUGGAAACAAAAAUCACCUCCGGUAUCGUAGGGUAUAUAAAAGUGCAUCUGGCCGGAAAAGGGCUAGAUCCCGUCAUCGAGCAGAUAGCUGGCAGGAAGUGGAACGGACAACUUUUUAUCUGGGGGAUGGUCCAGACAUCUUGACCGUUGCCCAGGAAGAAGCAGUAAAUUUGGAAGAUGAGGAUAAUGAGAAUGAUGAUCAGAGUAGAGUUACUAGUGGUACAAUGGCUUCUUCAUCAGAUGCUAUUUCUUUCAUUUCUGAAACAACAAAUUUAUCUGGAAGGAAUUCUCAGACCCCUCUCUGCGCUGCAAAUUUACCCUGUCAGCAGCUGCGUUGCAAAGUUUUUGGAGCCGACUUUGUUAAAAGUGGAUCUAAAACCAUUGCUGUAUAUUCCAUCUCUGUAACAGAUUAUGCAAAUCAUUCUUGGUCAAUCAAAAGAAGAUUUCGACAUUUUGAAGAGCUUCAUAGACGACUCAAAGAUUUUCCAGAAUAUAAUCUGAAUCUGCCUCCUAAACGAAUUUUUGCAUCAAGUCUGGAUGCUUCGUUUGUUCACGAGCGCUGCAAUUUGCUCGACAAAUAUUUGAAAGAUUUGCUCUUACUUCCUAACGUAGCAGAUUCUAUUGAAGUCUGGGAUUUUUUAAGUGUUGAUUCACAGACUUAUAUGUUCUCAAAUUCCCUCUCAAUAAUUGAGACCUUAUCAGUUGAUCUUGAUGUCAAACAGCACGGGAAGCAUUCAAAUACCCUUGAAAAUUACACAAAGAAUAAACAAGAACAUUUAGAUCAGAUCCCAGAUAAAAUACAAGUAAGAAAAAUUGAUUCUGCUUCUAAUCUAGCAACAAGCCAUGUUAAGGAAGAAAUCAGGUGGCAAGGCAGAGAAACUGAACAAGAUCAGCCCCUAAAGAAGAAGAAACAACUUGAAGAGGUGAGUGUAUUGAGGAAUGCUCCUGACAUAUUCGGUGCAGUUGAGGAUGAUUCUCCACUACCAUCUGAGUGGACAGCGCCAAAUCUGAGUGCACCAAUAUUGAACUUGGUGGAUGUCAUUUUCCAACUGCAAGAUGGUGGUUGGAUAAGGCGCCAGGCAUUUUGGGUGGCCAAACAGGUUCUGCAAUUAGGAAUGGGUGAUGCUUUUGAUGACUGGUUGAUUGACAAAAUUCAACUUUUGCGCAAAGGGGAGGUCAUUGCUUUAGCAAUUGGAAAGAUUGAACAGAUUCUUUGGCCCGAUGGUAUAUUCUUUACUAAGCAUCCUCGGCGACAUCGGCCACCUUCCCAAGAUGUGGGUUUAUCUGUGCCACAAAAUCAAGGAACGAUGACAUCAGCAAAGGGAACGGAGUUUAGGCAACCUAACGUAAAAGAUAAUCCAUCCUUACCAGAUCCACAAGUGGAAGAAACUCGACGGGCAAAAUUUGUUCGUGAGUUAAUGAUUGAUAAUGCCCCGGCUGCUCUUGUUGGUCUAGUAGGACGAAAAGAGUAUGAGCGAUGUGCUCGGGAUGUUUAUUUCUUUCUACAAUCAGCAGUUUGUAUGAAACAAUUAGCUUAUGGCCUUUUGGAGUUGCUGCUUCUCGCUGCAUUUCCUGAGCUUGAUGAUAUUCUCUCCAAAUCUGAUUGAAAGUAGCCUAUGUGUGGGACCUGAGGGAGGAUUGAGGUUUCUUUUGGAAAAAAUAUUACAAUUUCCUCGUGAAGAAAAAAUUCUUGGCAAGUGUGCCAUAAUUAUGACAUUUAUAUUGUAAAAAAUCAAAUUAUUUCUUGUAAAGGAAAAUUCUAGACGAGUGAGAUAAUUAUAGAAUUUAUGUGAUGAGAGGAUGAUGUUAUGAGUGUGAUGUUGUAGAGGAAAAAUGCUUAUGUUGGAAUAUUCUGUCAUGUUGAUAAUGAUGCAAGAAGAAUGGAAUUUUUGGGGAGAUUAUAAUCGCUUGAGGAGAUAUAAUUUUUGGGGAGAAUGGAAUUUGCAUGUGCUUUGAGAA